AUGUCAGUUAGUUACGUUUCAAGCGUCGCUGAGAUCACAGAAGCCAACAUGAAGUUCGCCGUCGUCGUAGUCCUGUUCGCUUUCGCCUGGGGUGUCAACAGUUCGGUGGUUCCCCUGCUCACCUCCGUCCAUGGCGGAGCUGUGGUGCUUGGAGCACCCGCCGUCGCCGGUUCGGUGGCCAUCCAGGCCUCCGCCGUGCCCGCUGCUGUUCCCGUGGCCCUGUCCCCUGCCGGUCCCGUCCUCAUCCAGUCUGCUCCUGCGGUGAUUGCUGCUCCAGCUCCCGCUGUGGUGGCUGCCCAUGCUCCUGCCGUGGUCGCUGUGGCUGCUCCCGAGGCUAGCUAUGUGGCCAAGACCCGCGGUGCCGUCCACGUGGCUCCUCUGCCCGGACACGUUCAGUCCGCCGCCUCUGUCAACCUGGAGCCAGCACCAGGCACCUGGUAAAGACCUGGAAGCACCAAUGGAAUACCGAUCUUGACCGCCACACCACUCGCAAGCACGACUCUUUAAGAGGUCAAGUCCUGGCCCCCAUAUUCUUUGGAUUUAUCCCUCCUGAGUUAGUGAGAUCCUGAUCUAGGGAUCUCCAUUGUUCAGCAAUCUAAGUCAAUCCUAUCCAGUCUAUAUGUUUCCGCUGUAUACUCUCUGGUCUUUAUAUUUAUCCGCCACCCCCCUCUGUUGUCAUCUGGAAAUUUGUUUCUUUUUGAAUAAAAACAAAAAUGUUAUUAUAACAAAA